CUUCGAGAUAAAAUCGCGACCUGGUCGCCCUGUCGCGUCGCUCUCCCUCUCUUCUUCCCUCGUGCGUCCCCUUCGCAAUCCCUUCGCGCCCCUCUGCUUCUUCCUUCUUCCCCCGUCCCUCCCUCUCUCUCUCAGCUUCGACUCGUCGCGCCAAGAUGAGUCUCAAGAACAAGGAAAACGUCGACCUCGGCGAGAACCAUGAUCCUGCCACGCCCGUCUACGAGAAGGGUGCCCUCGGCGGCCACACGCAUGACCCCGAGGACCACACUGUCAUCAAUGGCGAGAACAAGCUCCACAAGGACCUGAAGGGACGCCACAUGCAGAUGAUUGCCAUUGGUGGUGCAAUCGGUGCUGGUCUGUUCGUGAACUCCGGCAGUGCUUUCCAGACCGGCGGUCCCGGUUCUGUGCUUCUCGGCUUCAUCAUAAUCGGUAUCAUGAUGUAGGCAUCCCCAAACUCGAUUUCUAGUCGUUUUCAUGUCCACUCUUCCUUCCACUGUUCCCCCACCCCACGAUUCUCACCAUGCUCAAACUGACCGACUCUGCCCAGCUAUCUCGUGAUGCAGGCUAUUGCCGAACUGGCUGUCAUGUACCCGGUCAACGGUGCUUUCACCAUGUACAUUUGCCGCUUCGUCGAUCCGUCCUUGGGCUUUGCCUGCGGUUGGCAGUAUGCCAUCAGUUGGUUGACCGUUCUUCCUUUUGAGAUUUCCGCCGCAUGCAACAUUAUCCACUACUGGCCUGGAUCUGAAGGCAUCAACAACGCCGCUUGGAUUACUCCCCUACUGGUCGCUUUGAUUGUCAUUCAGGUCUUCGGCGUCAGAGGCUAUGGCGAGGUCGAGUUCGUGCUGAGCGUCAUGAAGAUUAUUGCCUGCAUUGGCUUCAUGAUCCUGGGUAUCAUCAUUAACUGUGGCGGUGUUCCAACCGACAACAGAGGCUACAUCGGUGCCAGAUAUUGGCAUUCACCAUGGUCCGGAUUCCUCAACGGUUUCCAUGGCUUCUGCACUGUCUUCGUCACUGCCUCUUUCGCCUACACUGGAACUGAGCUUACGGGUUUGGCUGCUGCCGAGACAGCCAAUCCGAGAAAGGAAAUCCCCAGAGCGUCUAAGCAGGUUGUCUGGCGAAUUGGCAUCUUCUACAUUGUCAACCUCUUCCUUGUCGGUCUGAUUGUGCCAGCGGACAGCCCGCUGUACAACGGCCCGGGUUCUUCAUCUCGCCACUCGCCGUUUGUCAUUGCCAUCCAACUCGCGGGCAUUAAAGUCCUUCCUUCGAUCUUCAAUGCUGUCAUCUUGAUCGCUGUCAUGAGCGUGGCCAACUCCUGCACUUACGGUUCGACUCGUACGAUUCAAGCAUUGGCCGCUAACGGUAUGGGUCCUAAGUUCAUGGCUUACAUUGAUAAGAAAGGCCGUCCCCUCGUGGUUGUCGUCAUUCAAAUUCUCUUUGGCCUUCUCGCCUACGUCAACUUGGCACCAAACGGUGGAGACAUUUUCACCUGGCUUCUAUCCCUUUCUGGUCUUUCCAUCCUCUUCAUCUACGGUGCCACCGCACUUGCCCACAUUCGUUUCCGCGCGGCUUGGAAAGCAGCCGGCCAUUCAUUGGACGAGCUUCCGUUCCGUGCCGCGUUCGGCGUCUGGGGCUCCUGGUUGUGCUUGCUUAUCAACAUCCUCGGCCUCGUCGGGCAAUUCUACGUCGCGUUGUAUCCCAUCGGCGGCCCGAACUUGGACCCAACCACAUUCUUUGAGCUGUACCUGGCUGGUCCCUUCCUCGUUUUCCUGUACCUCAUUUGGAAGGUUUACAGUUGGUUUGCGCGACCUGCAGACCGCCCAUUAUGGGUCCCUCUCAAGGACAUCGACAUCUAUACCGGAAUGCGGGACACGCAAGUUGCAAUCAGCGGGCCAGACGCUUCUGAAGAGGUUAGAAGAGCUAGCAUCGCUGAGAUGGCUGAAGAGAGGAAGAAGAAGGGACCCCUCGACUACGUUAAGGCUGUUGUAAGAAGCGUCAUUUAAAAUCAUGGUACGUGGGUCAAACGCGAUCUUGACAGCGCGUAUCUGUGAAUCACAGGAUGUAAGCUUUAAACGAUGAAUUGGCGCGGUUUAUCAAUACGAUACCAAUGGAGAAGUCUGCUCAAAAAGCAAGCUUUGCCUAAUUCAGACACUCGUCUAGCAUUUUUUUUCUUCUUAUUAUCGUAUUCUUAGUCAUUUCUCGAAACAAAUGAGACUUUUUGAACUAUUGA